GGAUAUGUUUUGCAGAUGGGGGUGGAGAAGGGUGGAUGCUGUGCUGGUGUUCUGCAGGGGAAUCACACUGACUGCAGCUUUACCUGGUGGCUUUUGGGAGCCAUGCUAUAGCCAGACCUUGUACAUGUGACAGCAGCUUGUUUCUGCCUUCAGUUAUUCAGAUGUUCCUUCUGUUUGGGCAUGUGGGAGGCAUGAUCUGAGCUGUCACCAUUGUCACAGUCAUCUUCAGAAAAAUCACGUGGAAAUGAAGACAUCUUUUCCAUCCUGUGGCUCACCUUCCAUCAAAACAGUCAUUGGCAGAGCACAUUAUUUUAAACUUGAAGACAAGAUACUUAAAAUAUCUUUUUACUUAAUAACAAGAACUUAAUCUUUCAAUUUCAGCUUCUGUUUUAAAAACUUAGCUUUUCUCUUUCAGAAUCUUACAGGUUUUAGGUUUUGUUGGCCUGCCAGUCCAGAAGACUUUGAGGAGAAGCAGAAACUAAAUGUGUCAACCUUGGAAUGCUUAGCCAAAGCACUAAAUAAAAAUCCCCUUCAUUCCCUACUGAAAUUGCUUUGACUUCAAUUCUGCAAGAAAGUAGAAGUCAUAGCAGCUUUGUGAAGGUACAAGCACUUGGUUGUUUAGAGUGGAGGUGUCCACUCCUUCAAAACCUAUGUAGCAGACUGGUGGAACUAUAUUAACAAAUUUGAAAUUUCUGAUCACAUCUCACAUUGAAAUGUGGAUUUCUGACUUGACCCAGAUUUGCUUCAGGUUGCCUGAAGCACGUACUCCAAUAUCACUGCCAAAGAAGCUACAAAUGGGUUUUGUGCUUCUGUGUGUGACUUAAAACUUUCUCCUGUUAUGUGAGCAGCUUCAAGCUGUGCUUUUGGAGUUACAUACAACCUGUGGGAGUUGGUUGCUUGCACAAUUGUAGGCAAAAAUCUGCUCUGAAGCUUACAAUAUUGUUUGGCCUUUGGCCUGUCUCAGUAACUGGGGAAAAACGGGUGAAAGUGUUAUCUAGAGGAUGCGUUUUGCUGUUUUACUUCCCAUUUAAAGUGCAGUGUCAUGGUGAAGCCUGAUUGCCUGCUCUGCUCCUAGUAAGUUCCUUUAAAAAGCAGAUAAGUUUCUAAGGUACAGCUCAAAAUUCCUUUUUCAUGCUUGUAUGAGUUUAGGAACUUGCAAGACAGUAAAAGAGGUAAGCACCACUGUAAGCAGUACAUGUACUCAGUGUUCUAUAAAACUAAGUUCAAAACUGAUUUGUGACUUUUAAUAUAGUAACAGUAUUAAUGCGUUGCUUCUGGCAUCCUUUUGUAGUUGAGAAAUAUUAAGGGGUGGCUGAAAGGGAAAGGGGCUGUAGACCAGACCAUGGUAAAUGACCAGACAGACUGGUGCCUUUUCUGGAAUGCCAGGUGUCUCACGUGAGCAUUCAAGAAAAUUUUAAUGCAUGACAAUAUAUAAUUACAAUCUUUAUUGUGGGUAUUGCUGUAUUCUGUACUGUUAAAAUCUUUAAAUAUUUCUUCAAAAAAUGCUGUUAGCAGCUCUAGAUGUUUGAGACCUGUAAGCUUAUCCAGUUCUUGUGCCAGCACUUGUAGCCUUCAUAUCUUGCAAAGAAUUUCUACCAUUUUGUUGCUUGUUUGUCAAAACUAGUGCUUUCUAGCACUUCUGAGCAUCUAACCUUGUCUUCUUGUAUACUCUCUUAUCUUUUGCUAUAAGACCAGGAAAACAGACAUCACUAACCUACAAACUAGUGUUAGUGUGUUUCUGAUUUUACAGACUGGCCUGUAGUCAUACCUUCCAAGGGACCUGCUUUUGCUGUUUCUAGCAUAAUAAAUUGGGUUUUUUUCCCCCAUUUGGUUCUCUAGAUCGUUACUUCUCUUGUCUCACUGAAUCCUGUAGUUCUGCUGUGGUCUUGAGGUAAUCUGGUGCAGGUUGAGAUGCCAGUCAGGGCUUGAAACAGAAAUUUCUUAAAUGUGUUUCUGGAUGGAGGACUGCUCAUCGGGAUAGGUAGGAUCAGGGACAGGGUGAGCUAGAAAUUUGUGGAGGUAAAAGCAUCACUGGCUUAUGAGAGAGUGUUUAGGGGUGGGGAGGAUUACUAGGUGGGUGAGGUUCUCUGAAAGGUUCUUGUUUGACAUGUAAAAGACCUUUGGAAGAGUGAUACCUCAUGCUGUUUUUUGGCGAUGCAUAUGUCAUUCAGUGAGUUGUGGAAAGCCCACUGAGAUGUUGCUUUGUGGCACUGUGUUGCUGGUCAUUGAUAGCACUAAAUGCCAUGUCCUUCCCUUGCCGAGGGAGAGAUGGAGAUUUUACUAGACUUCAGUACUCUGAACCUAAAUAAAAUUUUUGAUAUUUUUUAAAGCACUCACUUUUGCCUUUUUUAUUAUUAUUUUAAUGCAGUAGCUGGUUUGAACAUACAGCAGUUUUGGGUCAAUUGUGGUGUCUUCUUGUCAGCAGUUCAGGUUCAUGAGAAGCUCUGCUAUCCCUCCUGACUUCUCUUUAAGUGAUGGGGGUUGCACCCAUGUCUGUCUGUGGGGUUGGUAUGGGAGAGCUUCAUCCUUGCCCCUGAAAAAGGGUAGGUGGGGAUGGAGCCUUCCUCUCCCUCCAUGUUCCUGGUGCAGAAGACUGAUGGUGUCAGCUAUUCCAGUUAUGUCUGUGGAAGCUGUGUAGCUAUUCCAGCUGUCCAGCUGCUGCUUAUUCUGCUGCUCAGCCAGGUCCUUGGCCUCCAGGUUUCUGAUACACUUAGACUUGUUGAUUUCAUCGAGAAAGUAUUUCUAGACUAUGGGUUUCUGUUUGAUUUUCUCUUUUAAAUAUUACCAUUUAUACCUACAAUGAUUGCUUUCCUGUUUCUUUAGAAAUGUAUGCAACUUUCCAGCUUUGUGGUGUGUUUCAUGCAGAUGUAUCUUUAUUGCUACAACUUCCCAGCUAAUGUUUCUGGCACUUCAACAAGGAUGUUGGUGUUUCGUUUGUCAGUGAUGAUCAAGCUUUUCUUCCAGUUGGAUGCAUCUGUUUGUCCUGAGAAGUGCGACUGCUCUUCAAAAAAUGCAAUUCAUUGCUCUGGCCCCCACAUAAAAGACCUGGAGUUGUUAAAUCUGCCUUGCAACAUGACAGAAAUUCACAUAACAAACGCUAAUAUAUCAUACUUGCAGGAUGUUUUUGCUAGGAUGGUGGAACUGCAGCAUCUCAUCCUGUCUUCAAACAACAUCGCUCUGGUUUCACCAAUGGCUUUUAAAGGCUUGGGAAGGCUAAAAGUCCUCAAACUGCUGGAUAAUAAGCUGGUUGAACUUCCCCCAGAAGCAUUUGAUGACAUGGUGCAGCUUCAGCAACUGAUCAUUGAAAGUAACAGGUUGAAAUCGAUCAAGGAAAAUCUGUUUGACAAACUGGCUAGUUUGCAGGAGCUUUACUUGAACAAAAACCAACUAACAGCACUUCCCAGUGGCAUGAUGAAGAAACUCGCCAAACUCAGAGUACUGAACUUGUCAAGAAAUUACUUAGCAGCACUACCUAGAAAUAUAUUUAGUGCAUUAGCCAGGCUUGAGAGGUUGAUGUUGUAUAUUAACAGGCUGUCUUCAAUAGAGUCUGGUAUGUUUGAUAGCCUGAAGGAGCUGCAGGAGCUUUUCCUGCAUUCCAAUAACAUCCAUUCCAUUGCCCCUGAUGCAUUUCAUUGUCUUCGUAAACUGAGAACCCUGACACUCUCCAGAAACAGGCUUCAGGUUUUGCCUUCUGGGCUUUUUUUGCACUUGCAUGGCCUGUCUAAACUGACCUUGUACAGGAACCCACUGAAGUCUCUUCCAGAGGUAUUGUUUGGAGAAAUGAGGCAUCUUAGUAGCCUAUGGCUGUAUCACACAAAGCUCUCAACAAUACCAGAUUUUGUGUUCAGUAACUUGACAAGCUUAGAGCUUCUUGUGCUGAGUUUUAACCCAGAGCUUACGGUUCUUCCUAGGAAUGUGUUCAGUGGCCUGAAUGAACUGCGGGGCCUUUCUCUCCAUACAAGUAAUAUUUCCAGUUUGCCAGAGGGAAUCUUUCUGAGCCUUCAGAAACUGCAGAACAUUUCCCUCUUUGAUACAAGACUUGGGGUUCUUCCUAGAAACCUCUUUCAUAAUCUCAAGCGCCUCCAGAAAGUGUACCUGAAUAGUACUAACCUGCAGUCUCUUCCUGCAGACUUCUUUACUGCUUUACCUGAGCUGGAAGAAGUUGUCCUUGAUGACAACCCUUGGAAAUGCGAUUGCCAAAUUCUUGGCUUCCGAGAAUGGCUCCAAAAGAGCACGACAAUAGUUAGAAAUGUGCUGUCUCUAAUGUGCCACAGCCCAAUGGCACUGCAGAAUAUUUCUCUUGUGUCUCUAAGCAUCGAUGACCCAGAGUGCCUGCCAACCACAGCCAUGACAUAUCAGACAUUCAGCUCAACAUAUUCCCAGACUUUGACAUCUCCUGUGACAGAGCACUUCACAUCAUCUCGGCAGACUGCUGUAACAGUAGUAUCCGACACGGAAGUCAUCAGCAUACCCACAUCGGUUCCUCCUGCAACUCCAGGUUUUACCUCCUCCCCUGUUGAAGAUGUUGGACAACCUGGGUUACAUUUCUCAGAUGUUCCAGUCCAAACUUCUCCUAGCAUCAUAGCACGAACCAACAGUGUCAGAGGGACAGAUUUAACUACUCUUGUCGGGUGGGAUGAGUUUCCAGCCUGCAGCAGUGCUCAACCCUAUUUUAAUACCAGAGUGACUUAUUGCCAGAUAUUCUUGUGCCUUCACAGUUUGAUUUUAACACUCCAGACUGUAGUCAUUGUGCUCAGUCUGUAUGUGAUGGGUAAAACCAGGCAACUCUUGCACUCCAGAAAUAUUCCUGCUCAGCCUGUAGUUCUGAUAAGAAUAUUAAGAAGAUAGAGAAAUCUAGCCCAGAAAAGAACUAGAAGUGUUGCUUUGGAUGCUUUUUGAACAUUUCAGCAGCUAAUACUCGAUUCAGAUCUGGAUUACAAAUCUUCAUAGCAAAGACCAUAAAGACCUUGUCUUUACAACAUAAUGGAAAUGAGUUUUAUGCACCUCGCAGCAUUUGCCAAGAGUGGCUGUAAUCACUGUGAGUUGCUACAGCUCUUGGUGCACGAACCCAGAGGGCGAAAUGAAAGUAUCUGUGGUCACCUCUACACGUGCACUGUGUGUUUCCUGCUUUGAAGGGCAGCCCUGUCCCUGCCAGAGACUGCUGCCUGCUGAGUGUUCACUGCUCAGAUGCAGUGCCAUCAAUGUAGAUACUCUCACAUAGGAACAUGGCUUCAACUGUGCUUUAGAGAUUGCCCAAAGUACUCCAAUACUAUUAUGCCCUAUACUGCCUGCAAUGUUUUGUCUCCUUGCUGAGAAAACAAAUGGUAUUUUUGGGAGGAGAUGCUUGGAAGGACCUUUAAACAAUGGAGAUGUGGGCAGAAUGGUGUGGUGCAAGUGUCUUAACUUUUGCUUUCUGUCCCCAGCCCCUUUCCAGGAUGUGGCGUGAGGAAGGGGUACCAGUUAAAGCUAACAGCAGAGGAAGAUGCUGAGCUAGGAAGUAUAACCUUCAUGUAUUUUAUUGGUUGCUUGGAGGUUUUCUGGAAACUUUGUAAAGUUACUACAACUCUGAAUUUUAAGUAAACAGUUUGAUCCUUAAGCUUUGGCCAGUGGUCUGAAUAAAUAAGGUGUUCCUGGUUGCAUGAUGCAGGGAAUC